UGGCAGUUGUGGUCAUAAUCUUUAGAAUGGCUAUUGAAAAAGAGCAAACUGGAGAUGAAAAAGGUCAACACAGCAAACUCUUAGCUAAAAAGCUUAAUAAAAUUUUGGACACAAGACUGGAAAAUGAUAAGGAAACUUUAGAUGCACUCAAGUCAUUGUCCACUUUUUUCCCUGAGAAUACCCUUCGAGCUCGACAAAACCUUCGUAGUGACAUAGAGAAACGAAGCUUAGCUGUUAACAAAGAAUUUCUUUCUGCAUUUCAGGAAGUAAAAGAGGCAUUAGAUGCUGUGUGUGAUGAUGUCCAAGCUAUGAAUGUAUGUUGUCAAGAUAUGACCGAUCGAUUACAGGCAACUAAGUCCCAGACUCAUGGCCUUAUAAGUCAGACAACUAAAUUGCAGUCAGAGAGCCACAGAAUUCAGAUGAGACAAGAAGUAGUCCAGGCAUUCUUGGACACCUUUCAGCUAAAACCUGAAGAAGUAAAAGUGUUACAAGAAACUCGAGAUGGACAUUUAGAUGGGAACUUUUUCAAGGUCUUAGCUAAAGUUAAAAGGAUACACAAGGAUUGCAAAGUUCUUUUGAGAAGCAAUAAACAAACAGCAGGGCUUGAGAUAAUGGAAUCUAUGGCACUGCACCAAGAAGCAGCUUAUGAGAGAUUGUAUCGCUGGACACAAGGUGAGUGUCGAUUGUUAAACUUUGAGACAUCAGAUCUCAACCCUCUAGUGUGUCAGGCCUUUGAGAGUCUUCAGGAUCGUUCUGUGUUGUUCAAGUAUUGCUUAGAUGAAUAUGGUACUGCUCGUAGGGCAGCAGUAGUUCGAGGAUUUAUUGAUGCCUUAACAAGAGGAGGUCCAGGAGGAAUGCCUAGACCUAUUGAAUUACAUUCCCAUGAUCCUCUGCGAUAUACUGGAGACAUGCUUGCCUGGCUGCAUCAAACCACAGCUUCUGAAAAAGAAAUGAUAGAGGCACUUCUAAAAAAAUGUGCAAAAGAAGGUCUUGAUGAAGAGAAACAGCAGACUCUGUCACACAUCACAGAAGGUCUUUGCAGACCCUUGAAAAUGAGAGUAGAACAAGUAAUCACAUCUGAACCUGGAGACGUUGUUUUGUUUCGUCUAACAAGUCUUUUGAAGUUUUACCAUCAUACUAUUGGACAAGUAUUGAAUGGUGAAGCCCAGCUGUUGUCAACCUUGAAGGAAAUCUAUACUCUGAGUCAGAAAAUUUUUUACAAUAGCCUUACUUGCCACUGUAAUCGCCUGCUAGAACGAGUUGAACUUCCACCUGCUGAUCUUGGAGCAACAGAAGCCCUCAUUCAAACACUAGCUUUGCUCCGAGAAGUGUUAUCUUGCCAAGAUGCAUGCCUUGUGUCUGUCGAUGACAGAAAACAGGAUGUUCCACAAAUCCUGUCCACUGUGGUUGAGCCUCUGCUCCAGAUGUGUCAUGUUUCAGCCUCAAAACUGGCUCCAGCAGACAUGGCUGUCUAUUUGGCUAACUGCAUGUACAUAAUCCACUCAACUCUUGCCCUUUUUGAAUUUACUGACAAGCAGUUGGAAAUGCUACAGGCUCAGCUGGAUGCCCACAUGGACACACUGGUUAGUGAACAGGCUUCCCAUAUUGUUAGCCACCUCGGAAUGGGUGCCCUGUAUAGUGCUCUGCAGGAAUACCAACCCAAGCAAGGACCUUUAUCAGCAUUUUCUGGUUGUGAUGCUUUUGCAAUACAGUCAGCAGUGGGCCAACUUGACAGUUUCCUUGCUUCACCAGACACGUUGACCAUCUCUCAGAGUGCAUUGCUUUUGAGUGCCUCCUUAAAGCAAUCUCUGCGGCAACGUUCUAUGGAGCUCUUGUGUUCAGUGUACGAAAACAUCUAUGAUGCUGUUCACAAUCCCAGCCAUGGGUAUCCUGACUCACAGUCACUCUUACCACGUACUCCGGAGCAAGUUAAAAACUUGUUAUUGUGAGAUGUUCAUAAAAAAUAGAUGUUACCUGGAGAAUUUAUGCACUCUUUUCGUCUCCGUUAAAUGAAUAUGCUGAAAAAAAGAAUUGUCACUCAAGCACUGAACAUAUCAUGUUAGACCUACACUGUAGGUACAUGUACAUUAAGAAACUUUGUUUUCACUUCUUUACUUAGGAAUAUAUGUAAAUAUUUAACUUGAUGUAUAUUUAUCUAUUAAUUCUUAUUUACACUAAUGAUGUUAGUUAAUGCAUAUAAUAGAACUUGAUUUAAACAUCAAUUACACACUGUUGAUGAAGACUAGAACUCAUUAUACACAUGAUAUAAGAACUUGAUUUAGGUAGUCACACAUUGUGAGCUAAUUGUUGGGGAGAUGCACAUUUUACAUAGUCUUUUAAUAUAAGGGAUUUGGAAAUAUAUAUAGAUAUGAUGUAACUGCUUAUAAAUAUUAUAUAAUUGGUUAAAUAGGAUAAGUUGUACAUUUAGAAAUGAUAUAACUUUGAAAUAUUGGAAGAAGGAGUAAUAAAGUCUUUUGUAAAAUCAC